UGAAGCUAGUGCCAAGAUAUGCUACUGUUAUGCGAUAAUAUCCAGUUUGUGACUAGCCAACCCUGCAACAUUUAAAAACUAGUAUUUGCUCAACCUGCCCCCGCUCUCCCCCACUUUAGUUUCAUCUUACAGUGCUCACUAUCCUAAGAAACUACCAUCAAACCCCAAUAACACAAUCUUCAUAGAAAUCAUAUAAUGAGCCAUAUUCUCGAUUCUGGAUCAUGCCACGUCCAUGAGCAGAUGCGGUUGAGGAAGCCACACCUGGAAGAUACACUCCCAAUCCAGCUAUGUGUUCUAUGCAACCGCCCUUUCUGCAUCGACCAUAAGGGGAAGGAGGACGGUGUCUGUGAGAUCAAUCAUGAGACUUACUAUCGAAACCACCCAGCCGCCCAGAAGUACUUGUAUCGCACUUAUGAAGACUGGAAGAAGGAUUCUGACCAGAUGAUGAUUGAUGAGAUGUCGGUGAAAGAAGAGUAAGCUGUGUUGGGGGAGGUGCGUUUUUCCGAGUAUGUAUAGAGGGGAAUUAGGUUCAUCUUAGCAUAGCUGUUGGAGAGCAGACGAUUAAUGGAGAUGAGGCCCAGCGCUGGUCUUGAACUCAAGUAUAUUUCCGGAUAAUCGAAAUAGUAAUCAU